GACUGUACAAGCCACCGGCUAAAGUGCUAAUGGAUGAGGCUGAGAAGACCCCCAAAAAGAUCACGGAUGAGCUGUGUCAAGAGCAUGACCAUCACCAGAGAAAUGGCAGAAAUGAGCUUCCAUUAUUGUCGCGACAAUUGGCAUAUCUACUGGCCCAAAUCACUGAUGGUUCAGCCAGAGCGAUUGUUCGAUGCGAAGACACUGAAAACGGCUUUCAUAUUUGGCGGAGAGUGGGUGCUCAGCUGGCACUGCCAGAGCGUGCCAAGGACACGCGCUUAUUGAAUGAGAUACUGUCAUUUGGAUUACGCCCUGAUCACCUUGAGGGUGACUUGAAUGACUUUCUGAUCGUGAAGAGCAGACCUGAGAAGAGGAGUGGUAGGCCGAUUGAUGAUGAUCUGUUGAUUACAUUGCUUAUGCAGAAGGCAACUGGCCCACUGCAACAGCAUUUGAGAUUGCACAUUCGAUCAGUGACCACGUUCCAACACUCACUGGACAUUGUGUAUGCCUACACUAAAAGCAAGCAUUUGACUGACUCGACUGCGCCUAUCACUGCGCAUGCAUCCAGCCAAGGAGCUGCUCCAAUGGCCAAAAACAUGAGUGCGCUCACCAGAGAGAAUGAGAGCGGAGAGAAUGGACAGACAGAAGACUGGUCAGAUGAUUGGUCACGGUAUGAUGACUCUUAUGAUGAGUCCGGAUGGAGUGAACGUAUUGGUUCAGUCGAUGAUUGGUCAUGGAAUGAUGAUGGAUAG